AUGGCAGCGGUGGGUGGCUGGUGGCGGACUGCGGGCCCAGUGUGGCGGAUCGGGGGGUGUGGUGGAGUGGUUCGAUCCUGCGGGGUUCAAUCGCGAUCGGUGGCCUCGUUUGUGGCGACGUCGGGGCCACCACGUGCCCGACGAGUGGCCGGACUGGCGGCCGCGGCCACGGCGGUCACGGGUCUGGCCUGGGCGACUUGGCGCACUGCUCCUGUUUGGGCCGAAGAAACCGAUCCGACUGAGCAACUUCACGCUGCGGUCACGGCUCGAGGCCUCUUUUUACACGAUGCGGACGUGACUGCGUACAUCUACACGCCUUGCCCGUUCUCCACCAAGGUUCGGACAUAUCUAGACUACUAUCGCGUGCCGUACAAAAAAGUCGAGGUCGAUCCCCUAAAGAAGCGCCAGUUGGCCUUUACCAGCUACAAGAAGGUGCCCGUGGUGGUGAUCAACGGCGUCGUCUGCUGCGACUCCACUGCCAUCAUUGACCAAUGCCAGACUCUGCUCCCCGCCAACCACCCGCUGCGUGUGCCCGACUCACCAGAGCAGGCACGCUGGCGCAGCUGGGUGGACGAGCACUUGGUCCACCUCCUUCCCGCCAACAUUUACCGCAACAUGCCCGAGGCUUUGGAGAGCUUUGACUACCUCAUCAACUCCUCCUUCAACUUUUCUCAGUCCGAACGCGUUCUCGCCCGCUACUCGGGCGCCGUGAUCAUGUACCUCCUCUGCCGCUUCAAGCUCAACAAAAAAUACGGCAUUGAGAAACCCCGCGAAGAGCUCUACGCCGCCGUCGACGACUGGGUCGGCGCGCUCGGCGAGCGUGAUUUCCUCAGCGGAGACUAUCGCCCCGGUCUCGCUGACCUCGCCGUCUUUGGUGCCCUUCGCUCCAUGGAAGGCCUGCGCACCCUUGACGAUGUCCUCACCCACACCAACGUUCGUCCCUGGUACGAGCGCAUGCAAGCCGCCAUUGGCCUCUCCACUGGUGAAUACGUCGAUGCCUCCCUCGGCGGCAAGCCCACCGGCUGCAACGUGCAAAUUUCAUUGACGGCCGUCAUCAAUCUCCUUGUGGCCAGUCUCCUCAUGUUCACCGUCCCCUUUGUCUGCUUCUUCGGGACCCGCUAUGUCGCUGCCUGGCGCGAGGGCUUGGGCGCCGAACCCGUGUCAGAGGACCAGCGUGCCAAGAUUCUGGCCAAGCGCACGGCAGCGGAAAAAGCAGCUGCGACUGACAAGACCACCAAAACGGACUCCAAAGACAAGCCCAAGGGAGAAUAA